AUGCUGCGCUCCAGCUCGUGCGCCGUGCUGCGGGCGCCAGUAUUCUGCCGUAUCGUCGAUGUGAUGCGGCAGCAUGAGCCCUACGCGCGUGCCGGCAUCCUGUACCCCAUUCGUGUGGAGCUUGGCGAAGGUGUGGAGUCAUGCACGUCGGCAGAGCUACAGGAGAAGAUCGACGCGAUGUUGUCCCGGUCGCAACGCUUUGCAACUGUCAAGACUGGCAACGUGUACUCGCGCAAUAACUCCGUGGUGACGGUCAUCAAGGCGUAUGGGCAGUACGUUGUCACCGGCAACAUGCGAGGCGGGUAUGUGAAGGGGGAUCACCGCUAUGGUCCGCGCCUAACCGGGUAUGGCGGCGCCACUGCGAAGCCGGGGCUGCGGUGGAACGGCGACGAUCUGUGA